GGAUUCUGCAGAGGAAGGAGAGCGGUUGUUGCUCAAGUCUCCCAGGUGAGCUUUGCAAGCGGUGGGUCCUUGUGGGCUCUUCCUAGGUUGGCUCCUUUGCUCCGAGGGAGAAACAUAAACAAUGGAUGAUGAUUUCCUGGCUUCCUCGGUGCCUUCGUCUUUCCCGGAGAGCUUAGAGAUGGCAAUGGAAGUGGAGGCCCAAUCCUCCAGGCUCUUCAACUUCUCCUGUGCUUCAGACCUUACAAAUGGAGGGAAAAGCUUUUCUCCUGAUUCUUACUUAGCAAGUGGAUCUUUUAAGAGGAUUUUGCUGGGAUUAGAUCCUUUUCCAACUGAUUAUGAGGAAGACACAAUAGAAUUGUUUGGUUUUCAGUGGGUCACCGAAACUGCUUUAGUUGAGUCUUGUACGCUUCUCUUUGGAUUAUUAAGGCAACAAAUACACAAAUUGGAAAUCCUCCUUCAAUCAAAUGACUUUGGUCAGGCUGCCCAACUUCACUGGGAGGCCCAUGAUGUCAGACAACAGUGUACCGAAUUUCUACAGUACGUGAAAAUGUUCCUCUUCAGGUAUCUGGAAACGCAUGAAAUGAAAGAGGAUGAGUUGCUCCAUCCAUAUGAGAAACAAGAGACACAGCUGCCUUCCUUGCUGGUUGAAGAACUCCAUUCUUUGACACUACAUAUUGGACAUUUACAUGAACUUCCUAGUUGUGUUUUGGGAGGAUUCACCAUUUUGCUUCAAGCUAAGUUAUUUCCACCUUCGUGGCAUUUGCUGCAUCUUCACCUGGACAUCCAUUGGUCAGUGCUGGAAAUUCUUCAUAUUCUUGCUGAAAAGAUGCCAAGGAAAACUGUGUACGCUCACAGGUUCAUCAAUUUAACGGGUGAAAAUUUAACCAAUGUCAGUUUAUUUGAAGAACAUUGUGGAAACCUCUUGCAUGAUCUGAUAAGUUUAUCAGCAAACAGAUACACAAAGAUAAGGCCCCCUGAAGCCCUGACCAGUCCCCACUAUCCUUGCAUCUGUGUGAAGGAGUUGUGGGUUCUACUUAUUCAUAUGCUUGACCACAGAAAUAAAGGAUCUCACACCGAGUCUUUCUGGAGUUGGUUGAAUAAAAUCCUAAAAGGUGUAUUUGAAAAAAACAAUGGUACAGAAGAAAUACCUUCUUUUGAACCUAUUCCGUGCAAUGAUCCAUUGAGUUUUAAUUGGUGGAUUAUAACUCACCUGGCAUCGCUCUACAACGUCGAUCGAAAUGGACGUGUAGAUAAGGAGAAACCAAUAGAAUCCAACUGGCCUUAUGUGGAAGGUUUAUUGAAGCGGUCCAUUAAUAGUCAAAUGGGGAUAUUAGAAGAACAGUUGCGAAUGCAUCUUCAGUGCUGUUUGACAUUAAGCUACAUCUGGGAUGUGAACCUAUCUGCUGUCACCAUACUCUGGGAGUAUUACAGCAAGAAUCUGAAUAGUUCAUUCACUAUUCCUUGGAUUGGUCUCAAAGGACUCGCAAACAUUACUAAAACACCCCUGUCUAUGCACAAGGUGGUAAAGAACUGUUGUGGUGAUAUACAUACUCCUGAUUUGUAUACAUCUAGCAACAGUUAUCAAAUUUUUCUAUGCAUUUUGGCACAAAUAAUGAAGAAAGCAGUGAGGACCAGUGGUAUUCAUCCAUGGAAGCAAAUCAAAGGAAGAAUUUAUUCCAAAUUCCACCAGAAGCGGAUGAGAGAACUGACUGAAGUGGGGCUGCAAAACUAUUUCUAUCUUUUCCUUCUGCUUGCAGCCAUCGCAGAGACGGAGGAUGUUUCCAGCCGCAUGACGGAACUCUUGCGCUGCUUUAGCCCAAGUUCCACUAGCAUCCCACUGAGAGCUCUGAUCUGGAGAGGAUACUUUGCCUUUAUGUUAACAUAUGUUGAGAAGAACAUGGACAUCAGUGUUCUAGCAGAAGAAAUCUCAAAUGCCUUCCAUGAAAAGGCAAAGGAGUUCUUGGUAGGAAGAAAUGACCUCUUGCAAAAGCAAAAUCUCUGGAUGCUGCUUUCUACCUACCUUGAUGGCGUCCAAGAGGUUUUUGAGAUUAGUCGCUGCUUGAAUCUCUCUGAGGAAAAGCUGUUGAGUGAAGGUUUUAGCAUGUUGCUCCCAGGUUGCCGAGGAGCUGAACUUUCAACAGUGCUAAACCUCUUGCAAGAUGUUCUGUUCAGGCUGAGGACUGUGCAUAAACAGUUAAGCCAAGGGCUGCCAUUAGGGAAUAUGGGCCCAAACGCUCAGGCAGCGUCGGUGGCGAAAGAGCACCAUCUGGCUGUGGCCAAAGCUCUCUGGAAAAAUUUCUUUCCAUUCCUGAAGAGUCAGAGAAUGAUGCAGACGCCCCCUCCUCAGCUUGCAGAUGCAGCUGCAGGUUUUACUUUACUAGCUUUGGAUAUGCCCAGUACCUGUCCAUCGGAAAUUCAACCUCAGCCAGUUUUGUCAAUGAUGCAGUUGUUUGGAUGGGAUGAUUUGGUUUGUCCCAGGCUUGUUUCAAGAUACCUAAGUCACUUAAUACAGAAUAGUGUACUGUCUGAAACUCUUGCUGGCAUGGGUCAGAUGUCCUUCCAGGCCUUGUUGGUACAUUCCUGGUUUCGCUGUGUUUUGCAAAUGUUUAUCUAUCACCCUUUUAACAUUUCAGUCAGGACAGAAGUUGAUCAAACAGCUGAAAAGAAUCACAUGGAUCAACUGGUCGAGCUCACAAGACUGAUCUUUAAGCUACCAGAAGUAGAAGAUGUUUUCUUGAAAACUCAUGUUGAUGUUCCUGUCUAUAGGCAAGAUCCCAAGGAAGCUGUUAUUCAGUUUGUGAAGGCCUUUGGGAAAAACUAUAGUAGUCUUCAAACACUAGCUGAAAAAUCAACCACAGUGACAAAGGCGCUAGAAUACAUUGGUGACGUAUUAAAACAUGUAAAACCUUACUUAAUGAAGAAAGGACCUGCAGAAGGAUUCCAUCUCAGUUACAGAAUUAUAGGAUGUCUUGUGAAGUCAUGGGCACCCAUACUGGCGACUUCCAAGGCCCAACCACUCUUGUUCCGCAUAAUAGAUUGUUUGCUUUUGCCCCAUGCGGUGCUCCAACAAGACAAAGGGCUGCCUGCAGCGAUGUUGUCCGCCAUUCGGGAGAAUCUUCCUCUCUUUGUUCAGGGUUUGUCCUUCAUAUGUUGUCAGUCUCAAACACAAGGUGCCUAUUUGAAUCAGUUGUUAGGGAAUAUUAUCCAACAGUAUUUGGGGCGCUUCUUUCCUUCGUCAUCAUCUGCAUCUCGAACUGGGCAGCAUCCGAUUUUGCUGGCAAUGUGCAGUUCCCCCACCAACAUGACAGGAGCCUUACAUCUACGUAAGAUCACAAUGCAAGUCAUAAGUGAAAAUUACCUACAGUUCAAAGGCCAUGCACCUCCAUCUAAUCUGGCAUCAACUCUAGCUUUUAUACUUGAAGCACUGAGGAAGACUAAAACUACUGAAAUGUAUGAGGUUGAUAUGCUCCUUCAUCCUGUAUUGAAAUGCCUUCUGUUGGUUAAUGAACCUCUAGUGAAAAAACUGUCUACAGAAAUUUUGCAGUGUGUGGUAGAAGGCUGCCAAGCAAGGUCAGGAGGAGAGCUUGCCACCCAACUGACUUCUGUGUUUAGGCAGUUCAUCCAGGAUUACACUACUGUAUAUGGUAAUCAGGUUUACAGCAUCUUGGAAGCAGUGGCAGUCUUGGACCAGUCUCUAGUUAUCAGCUUGAUUCCUGCUAUGACAGAGGCCCUGAGGAAUUCAGAGUACAAACAAGGUCUUGGCAGAAACACUGUGCAAAGGGAGGCCUAUAAAAGACUCUUAUCUCAGCUCACAGAAGCUGGACAGACGGAGAUAUUGAGACUGGAAAAUGAGACCCAUUAGCAACUCGUUGAUUGGUAUUUUCAGCAGUCGUUUCCUAGAAUGCUAGUGCCGAGUAUGGGGUGCAUCCGCCCUGUCUAUAGGUACAGAGUAUUUCUGGUUCAUUUUAUGAGAACAUGCAAGCUGCCCUUGAGCAGCUUUCGAUUCAGCCUUUUAAUAAAGCCAGCAUCGUGGAAAAAGGAGCACAAAACUUUUGUCUUUCAACUAGCCUUUUGAAUCCUUUCUGGAGGAAAACAAUGCCAAAUAGAAGAAUCUUGGUUGUCUUGCUAAAAAUUCAUCUUUUAAUUUAAAAAUAAAAGUUGGAGAAGCAGGAAAGGCAA